GAUUCCGGCUGACAAUCCUGACAUUCCUGUAAGCUGGAGUCGCGUCAAUCGCGUCGUUUUGCGACGUGAUCCUCUUCCCAACGGCUUCUAUCUUCCACCGCAGCACCAUGCUAACAUUUCCUUGCCUAGUUCAUUAUAAUGUUUCGAUCGCGAUUCAUGGAGGCCUUCCCGCUCAAGUGUCCCCAUUUUGGACCGCAGGAUAUUGAGCGAGGCGUCGAGGAUCCAUUGCCCUCGCCGCAAAUCGAGAGUCUGCUCUGCGCCCUCCUUGGACUCGUCCUCAAUCGCAAGAAGCCUGUUGAGAAGGGACACUACGGCCGGGCCUUGGAAGAGGCCAUCCAGACUCAGAAGCACCAGUGGCCACGCGCAUGGAAUGGGAUCAAUCCUCUGAGUGGAGGCCGAUCGUUCAAUACAAUGUCAGCGCCCGAGCGGCUCACCCUUCUCAAGUCCCUCAUCCUUUGGAGCCUACAUAACUCCGAGGUAGUCAACAAUCUCAUCAAAGAGACGUACAAGGCACGCAACAGCAGGGACAAAAACGACACGAACAUUCCUCUUUCUGUGCAACCCUGGGGUCGCGACGGCGACAAGCGCCGAUACUGGUUGAUCGAGGGCCAAGAUGAUACUGCAUUCCGUGUCUAUCGCGAGGGCAAUCCCGCGCUGAAGAACAUCCCAUGGUGGACCGUGGCUGGUUCCAUCGACGAGCUUCGCGUGUUAGCACAGAAGCUGGAGAAUGAUGACGGCACCAAGGAGGCCAAGGCACUGAGUGAGAGGAUGCUCAAUGCUAUCCCGCGAUUUGAAGCAACCGAAGAGAAACGCAAGCGCCGCGAAUACCGUAACAACCGCAAAGCCGCCUUUGCCCGUCCCGAGCCAGGCUUCUCCCUCUACGAAGGUCGCACUCGUGGCAAGCGAAUGAAGUAUACAUUCUCGGAUGAGGAGGAGGAUGAUAAUUCCGAUGGGUUGUCCGUUCGCCGAUCUACGCGACAUUCUGCCAGGGACACUCCAGCGACCGCCGCCGGCCCAACCGUCACCGCCAGUGGUCGACAAGUGAGGACCCGCGUAGCAGGUCUUUAUGGAGAGUCAUUGCUGAGUGGGCAAACCACGGAGCGGGCUUCGCCAGCGACAGGAGAAUACGUGCGAUCUGAUGCUUCCGAGGAGCCACAUCCCACUCACGGUCGAUCUACCCGUGCUAAUGCGACAGCGGCCAACGGCUGGCCCAAGGGCCGCAAACACAUCGAGACAUAUAACUCUGUUGACGAGAUGGACGAUGAGGACGAUGCAUCAUCUUCUGGUGGAGAGUGGGACGGAGGAGAUGAGGACGAUGAUGCCGAUCAGAUGGUCUUGGAUGACGAUGAAGACGACCUCGCCGACGGGCCUUCCGAGGACGAACUUGAGCCCAAGUCUCUCGUCGUCCGCCUUAGGUAUCCGAAAGGAGCCUUCUAUCCUUCCGAGACCUCUGUGCUAGCAGUUCAUGACCAAGCUACGGUUGCACCUAAAGCGCAGGUCGGCGCAGGUCCAAUUGGCCCACCGCUUCCUACUGCGACGCUGGAGCCAGCAGUACCACCGCAGGCUGCCGCCCCACCUCUUCAGCCAACUGCACCGUCUGCUCCAAAUGGUAUUCAAACACAGCAAGAUCGAUUCAUUAUCACUCCGGUCGUGCAAGGAACUCCUCCGCCAGGCGACGCCUUUUCGCUGCCAAAACUCGAGCCAGGUCACUUCUCAGCGCCAACCCCGCCGUACGUCGCGCCGGAAGAUGCUGCUCCGAAGCCCCAAUUCCCCGUCACGAAUCCGGACUCUCAUUCCCCGUUCUCAGCUUCGACGCUGCCAAACUUGACACCGGCAUCCGGCUGGCAGUAGCUGGACUGGACUGUUGUACAGCUAGUGAGCAGACAGUGUUAACACCACCCACGAUUAAUUGCACACCUCUUCCUCCACGGCGGGCGUAGUUCAUUACCCCAGUUGCCUUCAU